AUGGGAAUUCAAAGUUCGCACCUUUCAACGGCUGACGAGAGAAGACUCCAGAAAAUUUUUGAUGCUGAAUUUGAAAGGCGAUUAGUUGUUCAAAAUAUCACUAGCGCCCAGGAAAGAGCUUUUGAGAUAACUAAAACAAAACAACGCGUUAGUUGGGAAUUAAUGGCUGGUAUUACGACAACCACUGUUUUACUCGCGGCUGGUUCAAUUUACAAACGACGUGAAUUCUCACUUCCGAUUGUGCCGAUCAUUUUGGCUAUGGGAUAUCGAUUCGAUACAACUUUUGGUGACGCGGAAAAAUCUAUCAGAGAUCAAGCAGAUGAAAUUUACAAGAACGAAUCAACGAGAUUACAACUACCCGGUGGUCCAAUUACGAUACGCGAACUAGAUCAAUAUACGGCUCAAAAAGCUCUU